UUUACUUUGUAACUAGCAAACAAAUUGUGAGCGGAUCACUGAGAGGAUGACUGGCCCGCCAUGCUCUAGUUAUAUGUGUCCUAUUAAUAGGUCUGGCUCAGGCUCACAAUGUUCAGCUGUAACCUAACUCCAUCUGUCAAGUCACGUCCCCUCUGCGCUCUCCCCUCCACAGUAUCACUGCAGCAAGGCUCGGGGCACUUUGGUCUGUGCCACCCUCCCAGCCACACAGACGGCAGGACAGGCCGACAGCUGCCUCUCAGACCAUCGAGCAUUAUGGAGGCUCUGUACGUCCGACCCUUGAAAGAGGAUGGUUUCGUGACGGAGGAAGAGGAGCUGGAGAGGAGUGGGGGACAGGAAGAGGGAGGAAGGGAGGCCUCAUCUCCCAGGGGCUCCACCACGGACGAGGACACAGAUGAGGACUCAGAACCAGAGCCCCCGUCUGUUGUCUGCAGGAAGGUGUCAUUCGCUGAUGCAUUCGGCCUCAACCUGGUGUCAGUGAAGGAGUUUGACAAUGUUGAGGUGACGGUGUCAGAGGUCAGCCGGGCUCCUGAGAGGGAGGCUGCGUUUCCUCUGGAGGAGUUCUACAUGUCCUGUCUGUUUACAGUCCCAUCAUCCCCGGAGGAGCUGGCCCAGAAGCUACAGGCGCAGAUGGUAGAGCUGGAGAGCAUCGAGCUUCUCCCAGGAACCACCAUGCUCCGCGGCAUCAUCAGAGUGGUCAACCUCGGCUACAGCAAGUCUGUUUAUGCCAGGAUCAGCCUGGAUUGCUGGAGCAGCUACUUUGACCUGCUUGCGGAGUACGUGCCCGGAUCCAGUGACAGGGAAACAGACGGAUUUGCUUUCAAGUAUACUCUGAUUCCUCCCUUCGACAGAGAGGGCACCAGGGUGGAUUUCUGCCUGCGCUACGAAACAACAGCGGGCACCUUCUGGGCCAACAACAAGGACCUGAACUAUGUGCUGUUCUGCCAUCAGAGAGGACAAGCGAAGGAGCUCGGGCCUCAGGUCCUUGAGGAGAGCUGGGGCUACAAGAGCAAGAGGAGCUGCCUCAAAGCGAACAGGAGGGGGGGUGCAGAGGAAAAGACCAAGGAGUUCAAUAUCACAGCGACACUUUCUGGAGGAGCACAAGCCUCUCAUAAAGCACAGGAGGUCGACAGACAGACGGCGAACAUCACAGAGUCAAACUCGUUAUUACACCACGAAGGACACAAACCUUUGGUGGACGGCAUAAACAUUUGGCACAGAGGAGCAUGUUUGGCGCGUGUGCAGGACCACCCUUCCCAGAGGAGACAAGCACCACGGGUUUAUUCAUGUGACUCAGCUGGUGGCCAGAUUUCUCUGCCUGUGCCAACUCCAUGGUGUGACUCUGUGAGCAAUCGCUACAACCGCCAGAAAAAGCCAAACGACAGUCCGCGGAUCCUCACCUACCAUCAGAUUCCUCUGCUCACACUGGACUGGAAAAGCGAUACGCCGCAGCAGUGGGGGGCUGCUGACAUGGAUGACAUCUGGGCAGGGAACGCCAAGCUGACCAGGCCGAAAGCGUCCGUGGAAAAUAUAGAGGAUACGCCUUCUGUUAAUGAUCUCUGGGAGAGCUUUCUUAACAGCCCAGACGAUAAGGACCACAAAGACACCUCGGUGUGUGACGUGUGGCAGGAAUUUCUAAGUCAGCCGAGUCGUAAGGACCAUUCUGGUGUCCCGGAGGCAGAAUGGCUGCAAACAGCGGCGUUGGUGUCUCCCUCAAAUCACAGAGAGCCCCAAUAUUCGGCAAGCAGUCAAGCAUUUCAAGAAGUUCAGGUGGGCAUGGAUCCACCCACCACCUUCGCCUCGGCGGCGACAUCAUCUAGCUUCGACCACCAGCCACAUGCGGAGGCGUGUGUCUGUGACAACACGGCGACCCAAGAUGCAUCCCAAAGGGCGCAGACGAACUCUGUAACACACACUCCAGAGGAAUUUAGUCUCGAGGGGGUGAAGCCUGUAUCCGGGGGAUCUGUUGACAGUUCAACUGAGUGUCACAUGCUUACAAUCUGGCAGCGAGUGGGAAAAAGAGGAGAAGCAGAAGGAGCAGGCACAGAUGAGCAUGUCACACUGCACGCGGCCGAUUUAGUAAUAAGCUCAGGGGAGUCGAAGACAGCAGACAUGAUAGAAACGCCAGAGUCUCAGAAUGCCAGCGCUGUUGAUAGGAUCUCACAGCGAGCGAGGCUGGACGAGGGUCUUUCUUCUUGUGGGGAAGGGGAGGAUACAGGUACCGCACACAAUGCGACAAGUGACACGCUGGCAUUUAGGGAGACAAUCAGACAGGGGACAGAGGACGGGGAGAGGUUUGUCUUCUCCACGUCCAGAGAAAGAGCAGGAGAGGGAAGGAUCAUGACAAACCGCACGGAAAAUCAAGCAUCUACAGAGGAGAAGAUAUUUAGGCAGCGUGAAACAGAGGCGUGUGAAAUCUCCCAGAGGUACACAGAUGAAAAACGCAGCGAGGAAUUCGUGCUGAACCCAAAGAGUGAAAAUCCAUUAAUGGAGAACGAGAGAGAUGAAAAUGAAAUAAGACCUGCGCAGAUGCACGCACACAAAUUCAAUCCAAACCAAACAUGGGAGGAAAAUAUCAGGCCGAGCCCAAUAAUAGAAGGUGAAUUCAAAUUGGAAAAAGAUGUGGAAUCGAGUGAGAAAGACCAGGAGGGAUUCAGACACAUGCAGGUGGAACAUACAUAUUAUAGAAAAGAUACAAAGAGACUGAUAAGUGAGGAAUUAGAGGGAGCGUGGCGACAUUACAACAAAAAUGUACAACUAAAAUCAUCGGCCUGGCAGAGGGAAGAUGCGUCGGUACUUUCAGAAGUGCAUGAUAAACAGUUGAGUCCAACCCGAGCAGCAGAGGAACUGUAUGAUGGGAAAGAGGAGGAAAAAAAUCAACGUAUAAAUGAAAUGACAGAAGGAAAAGACAGGUUGAGUUGUAGUGGAAUAAACGUGGAGCGACAGGAAAUAAACCCACCAGCGCAGAGCACACACAAUGUGGAGAUAAAGGUCCUUCAAAGUAACACUUUUCCAGCAGAUAGACACAUCCUGAACCCAACAGAGGUGGAGGAAUUGAGAUUGGAAUCAUCACAGGAUGUUAUGAGGGGUCGGAGAGAGGGCGCAGGCCGGGAAAUGAGCCCCGAGGAAAUUACGGUGAAGGAGAACAUCGAUGCUCAAACAGAGCCUCGACGCCAACCUGCCACAAUAGAAGGAGUAGAGGAGAAUAUGAGGCUGAGAGACGAAGAUGAGAGAAGGCUGAAAACAGAAGCGAUAAGGGGGUCGAUGGGUAACGUGGAGGACCCUUGGGUCAAGAGGAAGAACACAUCAGGUGAAUUGAAAGAGCGAGAGAAAGUUGAGAACCCUCAACAUGUUGAAUGUAGGAAAUUGUCAGAGGGAACAAAAGACCUGGCUGUGGCAGAAAAGACUGUGGCACUUGAGUCGAGGGUGGAGGAGGCGUUCAUUGAAAGAUUUGGUGAGGAUUUCGUCAGGAGGAUUUGGGAGGAGGUGUUCGGUCGGAGAGCGUGGGACGUGAAUAUGAAGGCCAGCCCGGCAGAUAUUACAUGUGACCGCCAGCCUCUUUUUGAGAAAGGUUUAUUUUCCUUGACCGAUCCAAAUCCAAGAAUCCAUCAAGGCCAAGAGGAAGCGAUAGAGACAAGUAGCAAAGAACACUCCCCAGAAGGAAGUCGUCAGUCGCUCGACACAAUAAAUCAAAAUCACACGACAGAUCUGGAUUCAAGUGCUCAUCCCGCUCGAGAGCUCAACGCCUCAUUGACUGAAUCAGCCCGAACCAUUAGCUCUGCAAAGGAGCAGGAAAACGUUUCUCAAAUAAGAAAAAGAUCCAUCCCCCGUCAGGAGACAGGUGGACAAACGGAAGACUUCAAUCGAUCGGCCCAACAAUUUCACAAACACCCCACUUUCCCCUCCGAGAAAUUAAAAGAGUCUGACGAUCUUGUACGCUGGAGUCUGCACGUGCUGCAUCACCUCAGCAGACUUCUGCUGUGCACCCUUUUAGUCGCCGGCUUCUUCACCAUCCUCUUCCUCUACGAUUUCCCGGCAUUCAUUGCGCUCUACGUGUUUUCGGGGUGCUGGUGGUUUUAUAAGUGGAGGAGACACCACGUCGCGAUGGAUAAGGGGGUGGGGGGAGAGUUUGCAAAGAAAAGAGAAGGUGUUGAAGAGUGCGGUGCGUAGCAUUGAAACUAACAUGGAUUCUUCAUAUUGAAAAGCAUUGUCCACUUGUCACACCCUUUGUUUAUCUCUCAUAACCAGUUCAAACAGGGAGAGGUUGGUUUUUCGUUUUCAUGCUUUUUUUCUUUUCUCCUCCUUUGUUCCGUUUAAUUUUAGUAAUGAAGUAAGACAAAUACACAACAUCACAUGUACACACGUACAAUUCUACAGUGGGGCGAACGUUACUUUGAGCUGAGACUACUGGGCAUGAGGGUAAAAGAUGUUACACAGUGUGAGUUACUUUAAAGAAACCUCAGCAGUUUUCAGACAUGACCUGCAGGAAAAGUCUGGAGAACUGGCUACAGAGUUUACCCAGAAUUUUCCUUUCACUCAUGCACAACACAGGAGGUUCUCUGCACAGUUCACAACAGCAUCAGGCGAGAUGAGGCAAGAGGUGCAGCAGACAGAGGCAGGAAGUGACGUAUUAAAGUCACAUAACAAUCACAUGAUUUUCUUUACAACACACAGACACCAGAUGUCCGCUCUUCUCACUACAAACUAUCUUGAUAUCUUAGUCUGUGUCUUUAAAGUGUGUUUCACCGCUUUUUCACCGGGAGGCGAUUGUUGUUUUGUUUUUUUCAGUUCUUUGUUAGAAGUGUCAUCAUUUUCUCCUGAACUCUCCUGACUUUCUACUAGGAGGCCAGGCACAGAAAUACCGCAGAUAAUCCGGAGCCUCUCCCUCGGACUUUCAGCAUUCACACGUGCACCUACAUGUGAACGCUAAAAGUCCUCUGGAGAAAAUACAGAGUAUCUGCAGAGUUCGGUGCAUGUCAGAAUCUGCAACACUGGGGAGAUGGGAGGUGUUUCUUUGUUUUUUUGUUUCUCCCACCCUUGCAGACACAUGAUGGACACUGGCUGACCUGCCACUAAAAAGUAAAGAAAAAAACAAAUGGGUGAGUGUGUGCUCUUUUCUUAUGCUCUCCUGCUCUUUACACACACACACAUGUAUAUGCACACAAGCACAAAUACACAAUACACACACACAACACCAGUCAGUGCAGAUCAAAAUACCAACAUUAUGAACGUAAUAUAUAAGUAAUACUAUGAUUAAAUAUAAUGAUAAAAAUACAAAGUAGAUUUGAGUUUAUUAAAGAUAGGAAGAUGGAAAUGAUAUUGAUAUGUAAUAAUAUUAAUAACAGUCAUUAGACAAGCCUGGUUGGCGGCAGUGGGAAAAGCAAAGAGGGGAAACAAGAAAUGAAAGAAGAAAACCACAUUUUGUAGGUGUGUGAGUGUUAUUCAGGUAUCUGAAAUUAUAAACGGUUAUAUAUCUGAGAUGAUGGGUUUGUUAUUUUCAUGAUUUUAUCACUUAAUUUAAAUGGUUACGGUUGAUUUUGGAUUAAAUUAUGGAUUUUAAAUCAUAAUAGUGGAGGAAACUGGUCCCUCUCUCUCAACGCUGUCCUCCUGGAUCUGUCGGAGAGGAGUGAUGCCCUUCAGUCGCCAUGACGGUCAGCAGACUGUCGUGUAUCUACAUGGUACGAGUGGAGAUUCAGGGAUUGUAUUGGUUUUCCAGCCGGCUGUCAGAGUUGCUGAGAUUGUGUAUGACGUAGCCCUGGGUUAUUUUAGCUCUGCUUUUGCAAACCAUUUGAAUUCAUGCUAUAAUUGAUUUGCCAAAAAAAGUAGUGGAGAAAGUUUUGAGUUUCUUGGCCACAUUGAGAUUUUCCAUUUUCUGAGAUUCUGGAUUUUGUUGUUUACCAGUAUAAUGGGUUGGUGCUUUAAACCAAAUGUUGGUGGGAGGCAAUAAAAACAUCUGUUAUUUAAUCUUUUAGUUAACAGCUGUAAUUGAGGGUGAAGAGCUCUGAACGCUUUAGAAAAUAAAUAAAUGUCUGAUAUUUUAUUUUUCCUACGUGAAGUAUUUGCCAACGUCAGAACUGGACUUGACUUGUUCCAGUUUGUUGAGUUGUCCGAGAAGUCUUAUUAUUCUUGGUCCUUUCAACCCCCUUUAGAGCAUAAUAUGACAAAUAAACUUAAUUUAUUCAGCAGAAAUAUAUUUGUGUCACUUAAUUCAUCACCUGUCAUGUCCUCUGGCCCUUAAACAUUUGUCUGUGACCUCUUGUUCCAAAGAGUGGUUUGGUUUUUUCACCAAACAAAUUACAAAGUUAUCUUGAAUCAUUUAAACAUUAAAAUUGAAAUGCAACUUGAAGACUUUUCUUGUUUUAGUUUAUAUGAACUUGUUGUCUUAGUUAAUGCAGAGUUACAGUAUGUGUAUGAUGUGUGUACAUUUGAUGCUUUUAUGGGCCCAAUGUAACUUGA